UAUACUCUACGGUACUAGUAACCGGAAACCUUUCUUCCAAAAUGACAACAACAACAAAUAGAAUAUUUAGUUUUUAACAUUUUUAUAAGAUUAUUUACAGUGACAUUGCUAUUAAAAUGCAUAUUUAACUUAUGCAACAUUUAUUAUAAUAAAAGUAAAAAAUUGAAACACUUAUUUUACUUGUUUUUUUGAAAAAUUCAUUGAUUAUUUGAAAAAAUGUAUACUUUGUAUCGUCUAUAAACUAGGAAUACUUGUUUGAAAAUUGUGCAGUCAAAUCAAAAUAAUUAAAAUGACACUUUCAUUUCGAAUGGAAACACAUUGGUGUCAUGAUUUUCCAAAACUUGCUAAGGAGUCUGGAUUUUAUUUUACAACAAACAGAAGUAAAAUUCAAGUAGACUGGAAUAAGUUGGGUUCUAUUGAUGUAGAUCGAGUGAUCAGAGAAAGAGAUUUCGUAACAGUGGACGAGACAAUAAGCAAUAUAAUUGACUAUUCUGUCGAUCACGAGUAUGCUGUUAACAACUUUGAUCCCAAUUUUAUCAAAUUGUUCCGUCUUGCUCAACUUGCAACAGAAUAUUUAUUAUAUUGUAAACAAUACUUGGAUAAAAGUGUUGUAAUCUUAAAAGAAGAAUUGAGGAAAAAAAUUCAGGAAAAUUAUGUACUACAACGGAAUGUGACAGUUGCUGAAGAGCAGGAGAGAAUUUUAAAGGACAAGUUAAAGGAAAGAAAUAAUAAAAUAGAAGAGGCAAAAACUACUUAUUUACACAAUGAAAUUUUCAAGUGUCCACAUUGCACGAAAACAUUUAUAUCAGCAAUGUUCGUUCGUGCUCAUAUAUCUCGACGCCAUCAAACUUCAUCCGAUUCUUUCUUUACUCCCUUAUCUGUCCACGAGGAGUACAGGAUUGAGACUGAAAAACUGCACAAUGAAAUUAAAACUUUAAAGGAGAAACUCAAUCAAACGGAAAAACUUAUUCGGAGUAAUUCAAGUAAAGUUUCACAGGAUAUUUCAAUGAGUGAUAGUUUAGAAAGUGGGGAAAAACAUUUAAUUGCGGACAUUCAGAUUUCGAAAACGCAAGAGUAUCAGAAGAGAUAUCAAACGCAAUUACAAAAUUUGAAGUCGUCGCUCUUCCGUGAAUUUGAGGUUACAUCUGACUUGGAAAUUUCCCAAGACAAACUACAAAAGCAAGACAGCUAUUGUAACGAAAAAUUAAAACAUCUCGAGAACAAUCUUCGUGCCGAUAUCGAAGAUUUAUGUACUCAAUUGAAAUUGAAGCAAAAACUUACUGAAUCAAUAAAAUCCGAAAACGAUUCAAAAACAAAUAUACCAGAGAAUCAAUCUAAUAGCGAAAAAUCUGCUAUUGUUGUUAAUAAAAAUGUUGAAUUAAAAGAUGUUGCUGUAUCUACUGACCUACAGGUUCAUUCUGAUUCUGAAAAUCUAACUAUUAUUAAACUCUCUACUAAAGCGGAUUCGUCAAAAAAUAACACUCAACAGUUUCAAAAUGACAAAUUUUCUCUUCAACUUCAAGAUUUCGAAAGUUCAUCUAACUCUGAAUUAAAUGAACCAAAAGUAAAAAAAGAUUUAUCAAGAAAAGUUAAUAAAAUAAAAGUUGCAUCUGGACAUGAAAUUAUUCCAGUUGAGUCACGAAAUUCCCCUUUGAAUUUUUCUUCCAAUGAAAAACAACGAACUAGAAAUUCGUUUUUCAAAGAAACUGAUGCUGUCGAUUCGAAGAAAACUGAAAAAUUUGCCCAACAAAAAAGUAUAAGUAAUUUAAAAACUUUGCAAACGCAAAGUUUGCAACGACUUCUGAAUUCGAAUAUUCGUAAAAAUGAUAAUUUGGAAAGUGUUAAAAAAUCUUGUGAAGAUUAUUCCGAGACGGAAAAAAGUGAAUAUUCAAGUGAAUCUGAGUCAAGUGAAUCGAGUAGUGAGACAGAGUCAAGUGAUGAGUCGCAAAUGACAAAUCGCACUGUGAAAUCUGAAAGUGAAUAUGAUACUUUUAAGAAAAAUGAAAUUAAAUCUUCAACGUUUGAAAAUUCUUACCUGAAUGACAUAAAUAAGUGUGCUUUAGAUUUAGAUGAAUUGAAGAGUAAAUUGCACAGUAAUUUGAAUAACCAGUUACGAAAAUUGGGUAUCGACCCUGAAUGGAAUGGAAUUCCAAGUGCAACGUAUAAAGAGAAGUUUGAAAUUUUGAAGCAUCAUCAAAAAAUAAAAUGCAAGAAAUUUAAAGCUUACAGUCAAAUUCAAGAAAAUCUUUUGGACAAUGUUUAUCAAAUUAUAUACAAAACGAAUGGACAAACUGAGAAGAAGGAAUCAGUAAAAAAGUCUCUUUUAAAUAAAGUGAUAACAAAUGUUAAAUCAAAGGCAAUGAAAGCACUCAGUAUACAGAAGACUCCAAGUUUCGAUAAAAUACGUCGUGGUACCCGAAUGUCACUACCAAAAAGUAUGGAUUUGUCAAAAAAGAAUUCACCAAAGCAAUUAGAUAUUUUACCAUCAAAACUAAUUGAAUUUGAAAAUAAAGAUUUUAGAAAAUCAGAAAUUAAAAAAUAUGAAACACAGGAUAAAAAUCCGAAAUCCAAAUUUUUGUAUUCUGCUAGAAAAUUAUCCAAUAGUGAACCAGCAUUGAAAGAAAUUAAGGACACAACGGAUGAUUUUCAGGAACUAGAAAGUUCUUGCGAAAGUAUUGAAAGUUUGCCAAUUAAAGGAAAUAAAGAAUUAAGUAGUUCUAAACCUAGGUUUGAAUUAACGAGCACCAGUACUUCUUCUAUGCGAAGUAGAAAGAGCCUAAUGCCGGAUUUUUUUUCAACCACAACUAAUAAAGAAAGCACAAAUAGUUUAACGAAAUCGCCAAAAAAUAAUAGAAGUGUUUUAAAGACAGCAAGUUCUGUUGGAUGUUUGAUUAAGAAGAAAGUAUUGUUUGACUUGAGAAGUUCGGAAAAAAAUUCAACUCCAAGAGAAUCAAUGACUACUCCAAACACAGACGAUAGUGACGAAGAUGACUCGAGAACUUCAAGUGUAAUAAGUGAAGAAAUUCAAUCACUUAGGCAGGAAAAAGCUAAAAGCAUGGAGAAUGUCAUGGUCAAAAGACCCCAAAAUGAUAAAUCGAAGGAAAUCUCGAAGAUCGUAAAAGAACAGGUAAAUGUUCGAAUGAUGCCAUCCAUUUCACUAGAAGCCAUUUCAAUGGCGAAGUCUUCCCUAAAACCAACAGUUCAAAAAGAUGUGAUUCCACAAAGUUCAUUGAAUACGGAUAAUUUAAUCACAAAAGGUUCCUUUAUCGAAAGUAGAAAAAUACCAGUCGCUUCACGUACUUUAGAAUACAAUAAGCCUAGUUCUUUUAAAAUAGAUGACGAAAUGUUAAACACCGAAGAAGUUGAUUUAGAUGUAGACAUUAGUGAACUUUUAGAGAUAGAAUAAAAAGUAAACCAAAGAUUUAUGUUUUUUUGUCUAUUGUCAAGCAUCGACGUGAUAGAUAUGGAGAAUAAGUUUUAAUUACGUUGAACGAUAUUUUUAUGGUGCUAAACACCUUUUUUUAAAACAGAAUGCUCUUUUUCUUACAUAUGAUAACGAAAUACUUUCUAGUCUUCUGUUUUGUUAAUAAAGCCAAAGAAUGUGUCUUAACUUAUGUCAUUAAUUUAUUGAAAGAAAUGAAAUGUAUGCAAGGAGCGAAACAAAUAAAAUUCUGUACAAACAAGAAA